CCAAAAUUUUAUUUAUCUUUUUCCCUUAUCCUAUUCCUCUUUCUCCUUAUAUCAUCAUCUCUUCCCAAACACUCCUUUGUGGCCUUCAACAGUAACCAUGGCUGUGUCCAUUGGUUUCAACAUUGCAACAGCAUUCAAAUCCCUUUCCAUAUCUUCUUCUUCUUCUUCUUCAUAUUCUUCAUCUUCAUCUCCCUUUUUAUCAGGUUCUUCUACUCUUCGUAUGACUCCAUCAGUAUCUCUCCCUCGGAUUCAAAGGUCAGCACUCAUCAUCCGUAAUGCUCACAAGAAAGGAGCAGGAAGUACCAAAAAUGGCCGUGACUCUGCCGGAAGACGUCUCGGAGUUAAAGUUUAUGGUGACCAAGUCGCUAAACCUGGUUCCAUCAUUGUUCGUCAGCGUGGAACUAAGUUUCAUGCAGGAAAGAAUGUGGGGAUUGGUAAGGACCAUACCAUUUUCUCCCUGAUCGAUGGAGUUGUAAAAUUUGAGAAAUUUGGACCUGACAAGAAAAAGAUCAGUGUUUACCCACGAGAAGUACAGCCAGCGAACCCUGAUAGCUAUAGAGCAAGGAAGAUAGAGUACUUCAGGGCAAGGCGUGAACGCAAAAAAGCUGCGCAAGAAUGGAGAGAUAUUCAACCCCAGCUGAUACUCGCUUCCGUUGAAGAUGGUGCAAUAACUAAUGCAGACUGUUGAUUCUAUACUUCAUUCACUCCAAUAUGUAAAAUCUAGCCAUCUUCAGUUGUUUUGCUUUUGUGUAUCUGUAAAACCUUUAGCAUUGUAAUAUUGUCUUUGUUUCCGGGGCAGCUAAGUCGAACCAUACACUGCCUAUUACAAGACCGUAUAGCCAUUCACUUUCAAUUUGUAUUUGUGUAGUAAAUGAAAUGAUAUUUUGCUUGUUUAAA